UCAUCUCUGCAAACUCCGGCUUUAUCGUUAUAACUCUUUUUCUUUUUUCGUCCAGUUCAGUUUUUCUCUGUUCCAAACUUGCAAUCCAAACUCUAUGUCUCGGAGACUGGGACGACUCUUUUUUUUAGCCGGACUCCGGCGGCAUGUUUGACAAAGAGCGUCUUCCCGGCAGGUUCCGUCGACGAGAAGACUGAGAUCUCGAUCUAACAUCAUGUUUCUACGGCACUUCUGUUUCGAUUGCACAUAAAGAAUCGCGUGGUUUGGUGGCAUACUUGGGAAUUCCGCAGCUUUGUUGAUAUGAAUUUAAUUUCUGGUGAUUUGGAGCACAUUAGGGACUAAUGCACUGAUUGUCUCUCAUGGUGGAUUUAUUUGGUUUUUUGGGAUUAAGUUAAAGAUAAUCAACAUGACAAAAAAAGUUUGUCAGGGUCGUUUGUCAAUGGGGGAGGAGAAGGCAGAGCAAGAAGUGGCAAAUUAUAGGAUGGUAAAUACCCGGGAAGGAAUGCAUGAUGGUCAUCAUCAUGGAUCAAGUGAUUCGUUUUUCCCUGGUCUUAUAGAUGAUGUCGCAUUGAACUGCCUUGCGCGGGUUUCUAGAUCAGACUACCCUUCAUUAUCAUGCAUAAACAAGAGAUAUCAUACAUUAUUAAACUUAAAGAAGAGUGGGUCUUUGUACGAGUUGAGGAAGCAGUUGGGCAUUGUGGAGCACUGGGUGUACCUGGUUUGUGAUCCUAGAGGGUGGGAGGCUUUUGAUCCUAUCAGAAAGAGAUGGAUGACUUUGCCCAAGAUACCAUGUGAUGACUGUUUCAAUCAUGCAGAUAAGGAGUCAUUGGCUGUGGGCAGUGAAUUGUUGGUUUUCGGCCGUGAAAUGUUUGAGUUUGCGAUUUGGAAGUAUGGUUUGAUUUGUCGUGGUUGGGUCAAGUGUGAGGGGAUGAACCAUCCUCGAUGUUUGUUUGGGUCUGGUACCUGUGGAUCCAUUGCUAUUUUGGCAGGAGGGACUGAUAAGAAUGGGAAAGUCUUGAAAUCAGCAGAGUUGUAUGACUCUUCAUUGGGUAAAUGGGAAAUUUUGCCAAACAUGCACACACAGCGUAAACUGUGUUCUGGGUUCUUUAUGGAUGGGAAAUUCUAUGUUAUUGGUGGGAUGUCAAGUCCUACAGUCCCUUUGACUUGUGGGGAGGAGUAUGAUCUUGAGACGAGAAAAUGGAGGAAGAUAGAGGCGAUGAGUCCAAAUGUUAGUGGAGCAGCUCAUGCGCCUCCUCUUGUCGCGGUUGUAGACAAUCAGCUAUAUGCAGUUGAGUCUUUGACUAACAUGGUGAAAAAGUAUGACAAAGUGAAGAACACCUGGGAUGAGUUGGGAAGGCUUCCAGUUAGGGCUGAUUCUUCGGAUGGAUGGGGCUUGGCCUUUAAGGCCUGUGGUGGGGAACUUUUGGUCGUGGGUGGGCAAAGAGUCCCAGAAGGUGUGGCCAUUGUGCUGAAUUCAUGGUCGCCGAAGUCAGGUGUUAAUAAUGGAAACUUGGAUUGGAAGGUCCUUGGUGUCAAGGAGAAUGUGGGGGUGUUUGUGUACAAUUGUGCAGUUAUGGGUUGUUGAGGACUAUUUGACUGACUCAACCUGGUAUCUGCAAUUCAACCUGGCAUUCUAGGGUUCUUCCUCGUACAUUAAUUUGAUUGACUGGAGUUAAUUGUCACUGAGAUAACCUCUACCAGGUAGAGAAUUCAACUUUUGCUCACUAAAGACAGAUUCAAGAUCAUGUUUCACAUUGUGAAUCUGUGUCUGAUUUGCUUUUCAUGGUAUUAAGCAGGUUUCCUCUGGUAAUGUUCUGAUUUCCAUUUUAUUCUUCUAGUUGUAUUUUCAUUUACCUGCCAGAUAACUAAAUCAAUAAACAGCAAAGCUUUAUUGUUUAGUGUUUUUUUUUUUUUUCAUUUUUUUUGUGCUUAUCCAGUGAUCUUUCAACUUUUUUAACCAGUUUGGCUGCCAAUAUUUUUAUAAUGAAAGUAUAUUGUUCCCUUUCAUUACAUAGAUAAAUAACUUAUGUUCUUUGCAAUAGGAGCCAUGUAAAUUCUUGUAAAUCAUAGGAGCCAUGUAAAUUCUUGUAAAUCCUAGUGCAACGCAUGGCAUGAAUCAGGCAUGAUGAGGAUUGCAGAUCAUAUAUAUUUUUUGGGUAUUAAAAGUCAAAUCACAUCUCAGCAGGGCAAAGUUUUGUAGUAUACUAAUUGCCGAUCUUGCUUUUUUUUUUUUUUUGCUUGGUUUUCUGGUUGGUAUCGGAAUGGCUGUAAUACAUCUGUCAUUUUUGCCUUGGCUUUGCUUAUAUAGUUCUGAAAAACCGGGAAAUUGAGCAAAUUGCACUUCAUAUGAGUCACCUGACUAAUCUAAUGUUUAUAUUUAGUUGUUGCAAAGAUAUGUGCGUUCUCCUUUUAAAUGUUGCUGUUAUGGUUUUUAACAACUUGGAGGUCAAGCCUAUGAUGCUGUUGAUGUUCCCUGCAGAAACCCAUCUGUAUGGUAUAUCCUUGGAUUGUUCAUGUCUUAAUGAUGUUUUGAGAACAUAAUUGAUAAGAAGAUGCUACGAAAGCUAGUUUUUAUUUUUUUUCUUUUCCUUUUACUUAGUACUGUCUGCUAGUCUGCUCUUAUGUUGAUGCUAUAGGCAUUCAUGGUGAAUAUAUUAUUACGUACAUAUUCUGCACUAACAUUAUUGCAGCACCAAGCACUUGCAUUAUGCACAUAGAAGAAGCCACAUGGAUGCAUUACAGUCGAUCAGUGAUUAGAGAAUAAAGGACCCAGUUGCUUCCCAGGAGUUCCUUUGAUAGAAUCCUUACUUUAAUUCAGGUCUUGUUACAGGGAUCAAUUCAUUGUAUAUGAUGUGAUUGGUAAACUACCCAGUUGAGGAGAAUCUGAUUCAUA